AUGGAACCCGCUGUUGCUAAAUCAAUGCUCAAAGGAAGUGCUGAUUCUUUGAACAGUGCCUUCCAUUUGAGCUAUAACAUGCUUCUAAAUCAGUUGCGGAGUGAAGAUGGUGAUCCUGAGAAUCUUCUCCGCAAUUCUUUCUUUCAGUUUCAAGCUGACCGUGCUAUUGAGAAGCAAAUAAAAUCCCUUCAAGAAGAGAGUAACUCUAUGGUGAUUGAGGAAGAGGAAAGCUUAAAGAAUUAUUACAACCUGAUUUUACAAUAUAAGAGUCUGAAGAAGGAUAUACGUGAAAUUGUGUUCUCUCCAAAGUACUGCUUACCCUUUUUAGUGCCGAAGAGAGCUGUUUGUCUCGAUUGCACAAAUGAUGAUGGAGAGUCACAAUCAUUCAGCAUUGAAGACCAGGAUACGUGGGGAGUGAUAAUGAAAUUCAACAAAGUCAAAAACUUAUCUGAAGAUGAUGAUAAUAGAAGACCAGAGGAUGCAAACUACACCGUAGAUGUACUGGCCAGAUGUUUGGUCGGCAGAGAUGGCGCUGGCAAAAAGAAAAUCAGGCCUGUGCCAUUUAAGGAACGUGGUGAGCCUAUUGUGGUCUCUGUUCCUUUAUCUCAGAUUAAGAGUUUAAGCAGUGCAAUUAUGAAUAUACCUAAAGAUUAUUUACAAUUGGAAGCUCGAGAGAAUGCUCUGAAGAAGGUUUCUGAGUUACUCUCUAGACAUCCUGAUGGAAUACCCCUUGAUCCUGAAGUUGAUAUGAAGAUUCAGAGCAGCUCUUACGAAAAGACAGUUCGUCGGUUGGAAGCUCUGGAAAACCUAUUUAAAAAACACAAAAUUGCAAAAUCUCCUCUGAUAGCACAGAAGCUGAAAGUUCUACACAUGAAGGAAGAGCUAACAACGAAGAUCAAAUCACUUAAGAAAGCUGUCUGA